UUUUCUCUCUAGGUUAGUGAGAAUUUUAGGUGAAUAGAGUGAAGAACAAGAAAAAAAAAUGGCUAAUCGAUGGUGGGAUGGAAAUACAGCAAUGAAUCCAAUGGUUUCAUCAAGUAACAAUCCAGAAGAAGAAGAAAAAUCAAACAAACUCCGCCCCGGAAAAGAGCAAGAGUUCAUGAAUACAACCACCAACAGUAGUGAAAACCCAAAUGAAAUGAGUCAGGAAGGAGAAGAAAAUAUACAAAGUCCCGAAGGUCUGUUCUCCUCUGGACCGCGUAGAGCUGGACGGCGACCCAGAGGAAGACCUAUGGGCUCAAAAAACAAGCCCAAACCACCAAUAGUGGUAACUAAAGAUACCCCAAAUUCCCUCAAAAGUCACGUUUUGGAAAUUAAAUCCGGAAGCGAUAUAAUAGAAAGCAUAGCCGCUUUCGCGAAUCGCCGCAGCUGCGGCGUAUCCGUUUUGAGCGGCAGCGGUAUUGUAACGAAUGUUACGUUACGCCAGCCGGCCGCGGUGACCGUGGCCGGGGGCGUAAUUACGCUUCACGGGAGGUUUGAGAUUUUGUCAUUAUCCGGCGCGUUUUUACCCGCGCCGAAUAGUCCAGUUGGAGCAACUGGACUAACUGUGUACUUGGCUGGUAGCCAAGGACAAGUUGUUGGUGGAAAUGUUGUGGGUGAAUUAAUAGCAUCUGGACCAGUUAUUGUAAUUGCUGCAUCUUUUACAAAUGCAACAUUUGAAAGGUUACCAAUAGUGGAUAAUGAUGAAGAAGAAGAGGAGAAUAAUGCAAAUGAAGGGAUGCAAAUGCAAUUACCUACAGCUUCAGGGGUUGGUAAUGUUAAUUCUGAUAAUUUGCAAGUUGAUCAUCCAUCUCCUUCUACUUCUAUGCCUAUGUACAAUUUAGCCACUAAUGUUUUGCCUAAUGACCAAAUGCACCAUGAAGUUUUUUGGACUCCUCCUCCUUCAAGGCCUACUCCAUAUAGUUAGUUAUUAGUUUAUCUUUUUUAAUUAGAAACUUUUAGAAUGUUGUUUACUAUUUGUGAAUUUUUUUCCUUUUAAUUAAGUUGUAGGUUAUGUUUGUAACUUUGAAUCCCUAGAAGUUUUAUCAAUUUGGUUUGUUCUAUAAGUUA